UGUUCAACGUCUUCCCCGAUGUGCAGCUCGUACGUACCAGCUCCACGACCGUGGGUGCUGAGAACAAUAGCGGCCGCCCGGAUUUUCGCUCCGGACGCGGCCGCGGCUGCGGGGCGGACCAAGAACACGGCGAUCCAGCGAAAACUAAUGAUGAAAACGGUCCUUGGCACGACCACCACCAGCACCACUCUGAGGCCCUUCAACCCCUGGCUGGGCGGUUUCUGGGUGCCAGUCCCUUCGACAGUUGGCACGAGGAGUUUGCGAGAGACGUCCCCAGCAAGAUCGAGCUGAUUGCGAAAGUGAAUUACUCCUGGGAGGUGCAGUACGGGCUGGGGCUGCACCGCCGACACAGCCUGAUCGAGCUCGCGCACAGUCUGAAGAAGAAAACCGUGCGGCUCACCGUGGACGGACAGCGCAUCUUGGACGACUGCGCUCUCAGCGCCCGCGUUUGGCGAGGCAUCGAGUUCACCCUGGGUGCGACGGCUGGGGGCGGUGGGGGGAAUACACGUGUCGGUAGUUCAUCUACCUCUGCUUCUAGCUCGGUUCAACAUCGCAGGUCCCCCUCGACGUCUUCUACUCGCGCUGGAUCAAUGUCCCGCGGAGGGAAUGGAAGUACCAAGAAACUGCACAACGGCGCUAGCACGACGACUGACCGUACAACCACAGCAGCAACUUUGGAGGGCGUGCAUUCAGCUUCUUCUAACAAAAGGCCCUCGCCUUCUGCGUCCGCGAGGAUCCAAGAGCGGUUUCGGUUUAUGCUAAAGUACGAAGAUUUGGACCGCGACGACGAAUUCUUGAACUGCUGUGACGAUGAUCAUGUUUUCGGUCCUAGUCGUUGCGAAGCUCCUCUCGGGAAAAUGAAACAGUUGCAGCAAGUAGAACCCGGGGACAACUACAGCAGAGCCUGCGAGGCCAAUGGUGAUUCGGCCGUGAUUUCUCGUUCUGCCCUGAGCCCGCGUUCGCUGAAGCAGUUGGAAAAGAAGAACGCUUUCUACAAUCCGUGCAGCGAAAUGUGCGAUAAUGAGCAGCAUGCUGAUGAUGUGCGAGGUGGACCAGAGGCAGUUCCCGGGACCGCGACCUCGAGCUGCAUUACUACAAAGGCGCCAACCAGGAGCGCCAAUGGAAGCGUUUACCCAGAACAAGCGCAGCUGGAGCCGCAUCGCAGAAGCAGCGUGUCCGCGUCGGACAUGAUGCUCGCGUGUUCGUCCUCGCGACGGUCGAGAGGAGAUGCAACUACGGCACCCGGAACCGGAUGGACGUCGUCGGGAGAGCGUGUAAUAUCUAAGUCCAGCCGCGGUCAGCACAAGAACUCUGCUGGUCGGAACCAGCAGGACGACGCACAUCAAGGCAGUGUGAGUCCGCGCAAGACUCGUUCCAGUGUAGUCUUGCCGGUGUUUUUGGGAAAUAAUAAUGAAAAUCACAACAAAAUCAAAAAGAACUACAACGGGCUAGUCAACCACGAGAACCACAACCACCAUGCAGGCAGGAACAUGAAAAACGACUUUGACGUGCGUGACGUCGACUUGCAGAAUUCCUUCAACGACGAGGAGCACGUCGAGGCACUGGACAUUCAGUCGGUCCGGAAGGACACGGCGGCCAGCGACGCGGACUUGCUCGAGGACCUUGACGUGCAAAACCAGAAAAGCAUGAUUGUGGCUUCGUCCACAGGAGGGGGCAGAAGUUGUACCACUGCUAAACCAGUCAGGUCGCGUCGUGGUUAUGGUAAUGGAAGUAGACGAUCUUCGAGAUCAGGGGAUGACGAGGAAGUAGACCACCGAGGAGGCGACGACAAUUCUGAUCAAUACGACAGUCCGCGCCAAGGCUACACGUUCCUGUCCUGCGUCGGAGGCGGCGGGCGGUCGCGCCUGUUUCGCAGCGGGGCGCGAAGCUCCACGACGAGCCCGGUAAAAACAAGUGCCGGGUCACCGGCGAGAAGCAACAAGUUUUACGGGUCGAAUUUGCUCCGCCGCGCCGCGGCCAGCUUGUCACCACCGAAGUUUAAUGGGGGGAGGGGAGCCAAUACGGACCAUAAAAGAGGAGGUUCUUCUUGUGGUCAGCAUGAAGAUGAAUUGGGGGACGAGAACCACGAUGCGAAUCCUGACUGCGGCGAAGAUGCAAGAAGUGCGGAAGAUAAAAAGAAGACAACGAAGAUCAUAGGUAAGAACAAGAAAAGUUAUUUCAGUUGGUCAUUUUCGGGCAUGAAGAGCCGGAGUCUGCUGUCGCCACGCGGCGGGGAAAAUAAGCGGAAAAUGAACACUGGAGUAGCAGGUCCUGAAACGACAAGAGAUUAUAGCACGUCUUUUUUUCGGUCCCCUGCCCGAGCCAUGAGACCGCCGCCAUCGCCCGAAAUGGUAAGAAGUACAACUCGGGCAGAUAGACUACAAGUGCGGGUGAACGACGCGGAGCACCACGUACAACAAGACGCACGUCGGAGGUGCAUCGACGACGGAAAUCAGAAUAAGAAACACGCCAGGAAUUAUUUCCUGCAGUUGCCAGGCCGUGGAGGACGAGCGUCCUCUAGUGUGAGCCCGGGCCUUGGAGGAAGGGAGAGCUUUCAUUCUCCUGCAGCAGAAGUUGAUGAUUACGAUGAGGUGGAAAAGGAAAAUCGCUCCGGCGCUGGUGCGCUGAACCUCGACCCGUCGCAGUUUGUCAUCAUCGUGGAGCCGCCGGGGAGCGCCGCGGGGCUGAAGGGUAAUAAAACCGCUGCUAGUGGUAAAAACACCAUGGUCGAGGAACACGACGCAGGCACGUCGACACGAAAUAAAAAUUUCUACCAAAAUAGUAACCCGGUCGUGCAGUACAACGAUGGCACUCCCACGUACGAGCACGCGCCGGAUGUGCACGAGUACUUGCUACAAAUGAAUUCCAAUCGAAAUCUAGACACCUCGACUAGGAACGAUCAGCGGAGACGAAAGCGCGACCGCUUUAAGAAGUGUGUCUCCAAGGUCUUCUGUCCAGGGCGGGGGACGACUACUGGCGGAGAGGAAUUUAGAAAUAAUCACGUGGAGGCUGUCAACUGUUUCCGACCUAUGAGAAGCUAGGUCAAAGAAAAAAUCACACAAAAAUUUUGUUGAGUACUUUUGAGCCCAAAUGUACCGGGACGAGAUUUUUCCCUGGAAUGAGGGAGCGGAACAUAAGAACGUGAAUUUUUCUCUCGAUCCGUUUGAUUUUUGUUCCGAUUCUAUUGCGCUUCGAACUACAGCACAGCAGCAUCCUCAUCCCGAUUGGUUCGCAUUCCUUCGGGCAGUUUUGACCUUAUGUUAGUUUUUGAUUUAGGAAAGUACAUAGGGAGGUUAAGGAAGUCUUGUUUAGGUGGACUCACAUUUAGUGUAGUAUUGGUCAUCAACGCGCCCUCCAUUUACUGCAGCAGCGUCGGAUCCUGGUCAAUGGCAGCCGGCGAGUAGUUGGCAAUUGAAUUUGAAUCAAGUACUUAAUAUGAAAAACAUGAUAGGCUUGGAGCAUCGCGCAUGGUCAAGCUGUACAUAAUCGUCCAAGGCUGACUACUUACUUUAUAUGGUUGCUCCUGCGUACUCGUCGCACUCGGACUAUAUCAAAAGAUGAUAUGAAUUAAGAAGGACGAGGUCUUAUCGAUAAACCGUAGACGUUGACGUUCGAGAUGCUCGCCAGCCUCAGAUCUCAUUAACCUUGAAGCAUCGGAUAGACUACACAUAGACGUAUCAUGUAAUCCGGAGAGAUGAUUGAACAACUCGGUUCGUACAAAGAAGAUGAUGCAAGAAAGCACUACGUCGGAACGUACAAACAACACGAAUCGGGUGAGAAGAACGCACGAGAAAAGACGUAAGAUAGCAAGAACGAUGAACUACGUUUCCGGUAGGAAUCGAAAAAAUAGAAGUACGUAGACGUGAGUUUUAUCACAACAAGCAAAGCGUACGCGAAAAAACAGAAGGAGUAUUUUCAUGGCCCACGUACCGAAUGGCUAACCCUAACCUAGACUAGGUAUAACGCGACCUUCCUCUGGUCUCAACUGGGAUUGAUGUACAGUAUACCAACUCGACCUCU